AUGCGUGCAGCGACGAAGCGGGUGCGCUUUGUUGAUGACGCUGAGCUCGUUGUUGGUGUGCUGCUGGACCCGCUAGACCCUCCCAGCAGCAUCAAAGGGGCCCCGCGCUGCGGCAUAGAGGGCCUGCAUGCAGCAGCAGCAGCAGCAGCAGCAGGUAGCACUGACAGUUUUGCUGCUCGUCGCAAGCGCCACGAGGCCAACGAGACUCCCAGGGCCCGCGCGCUGUGCUGGGAGCCGCAGCCCGCAAUGCCUUUCGCUCCCCCAACCCGCAUUGUGUCUUCGUUGCUGAAACUGGAGCGUGUGCUGCGGCUCCCAGCAGCAGCAGCAGCAGCAGCAGCAGCAGUGCCUGAGACAGUGCCUGCUCCCAAAGCAGAUUUUGCUGCAGUGCCUCCCUUCAGCGCCGCAGGCAGCCGCAUCAUUUACCCCUUAGCAGACGUACAUGCUGCUGCUGCUGGGCCUGCUGCUGCUGCUGCUGCUGCUGCUGACCCCCUUCAGGAGGGGAGGGAAGAGUCCCCUGCCCAGGCAGAGGCGACUGGCUGCAGCACUGCAGCAGCAGCAGACCCGGCGGCGCAAGCUUAUUGCAGCCAGCAGCAGCAGAUGCUGCACCCCCGGCUGCAGGAGCAGCAGCAGCAGCUGCUGCAGCAGCAAAUGCUGCACCCCAUGCUGCUGCAGCAGCCGCCCCCCAUCUUGCUUCAUGGCUUUGUUCCCCCACCUCUUCCGGGGCUGCUGCUGCCGCCGCCGGGGGUGCCGCUGCAGCAGCAGCAGCACAUGCAGCUGCAGCAGCACAUGCAGCUGCAGCAGCACAUGCAGCUGCAGCACCCGCGGGGCCCGCAGGAGUACCGCAGCAAGCAGCACCACAUGCAGCAGCAGCACCGGGCGCCGGAGCAGCAAAAUCCAGAUGCGCCCUGGCGCUGA